CUCUGAUCUUAAAAAAGAUAAUAUAAAAAACACAACCUCUCCCUCUCCGGCGAUCACCGCCAUUGGAGACUAUGAGCCCUUCGUACUUAGCUCUCGCUUCCUCUGUUCACUCUUACUCUUAUCUCUCCUCCGUCCGUAGCCUCGCAACAUUCGCGGAAUCGCCGUCGUAUCCUUCCUCUGCGUCAUCGUCUUCGUCGUUUUCCCGCGUUUCCUGCGCCGGCGAAUCUCCCGUCUCCGGUGACCUGAACUUUGUUCUCCACCGUGCCCUCGAUUCCUCCGGCGUCGCGACCGUACAUGCUAGGGAAGCCAGGCAAGGGUUUCUGAAGCAGAUACAAAACUUGACCAGUGUCGAGAGGGAAACCAGCAUCGCCAUUAACAGGAGAGUCGAUUUGGCCACAGCAGCUCUGUUCAUCGCGGCAGAGGAUGACGCUCUGCUGUCCCAUUCUUCGGUUCCCCUCCCCGUCGAUGCUUUCGUCGAUAGGUUAUAUGACCUCGUCAUCAGUUACAUGCGGAGUUACAGUUCUUCCCUCAAAUCAUCACCAGAGAAGUUUCUCAAGUGCAUAGAGACAUUUAUGUAUGUUGACAAGGCCUUCCACAGAACAGAUGUGGAUCCAUCGGAUUUGCGACCCCUUUAUCUACACUCGGUUUUGACGCACCGAAUGGGCUCGGCUGUGAUGCUCUCUCUCAUAUACACGGAGAUACUAAAGACGCUCCGUUCAUGGAGUCUGCUUGAUUUUGAUGUCGAGAUAUAUUUCCCCCACGACCGACUCUCUGUCCCUAGAGGCUAUCAUAAGCAAAAAAGCAAAGAGUCUGAUCAGUCACAUAUAAUAACCGUUCAAGGGUUCCUUGAGGAGACUUUAAAGAGUUUGAAAUGUGUUUUCUGGCCAUUCCAACACGAUCCUCGGAAGAGUCUGUUCCUAAGAGCUGCAGAAGCCGCCACUUAUGACAGCCCAUCAAACAGCACAGCCGAAAGCGGCUCGCAGCUCGCAGCCGCAAAAGCAGCUCGGCAUAGGCUGCAACGCGGUGUCUGGACAAACAUACGCUUUGGGGACAUGAGAUGUGCUUUGUCCGCCUGCGAACGACUCAUUCUAUUGGAAACCGACCCGAAGGAGCUGAGAGACUACAGCGUACUUCUUUACCACUGCGGAUUCUACAAGGAAUCGCUUCAAUACCUUCAGCUUUAUCGGGAAUCCGAGGAUGUGACGAAAACUGCAGAAAAAGAGGCGGAGGAUAACCUGAUGGUCCGUCUCAAACUUAUAUCGAUGGAGGACGGCUGGAGCAGCGCUUCUUCUUACCGCAACAACUCUCUCUCCGACAACUCCGAACCUUGGUAAUUUUUAUACACACACACAUAUAUAUAUAAAUUGUAUCAUAUUUUAUGUUUACUUAUUAUAUAAACUUUUGCCGUCUGAUUAGAAUAUACUCUGCAUAAUUAUCAAUCCCUAUUAUAAUUCCUUUGUACCUUACCAUUUUUCCCGGUCUUA